AUGCAGAAGGAGGAGAAUCGACCCCCUAUGGAGGAAAAUCGACUCCCUAUUGAGGAGAGGAGGAGGAGGAGGAAGGAGCAUCAGGACUUUCUGUUGGCUGAGAAGAUGAGACGUCAGGAAGAACAGAAUCAAAGGGUUCUGGAGGCAGCCAAAGAAAAGAUAUUGCAGCAGUCUGCUCCAUACAGGGACCUUCAGAGGAUUGUGCUUGUGUCCAAAGUGACCAAGGACAAUCAGGCCCUAUGCCAACUUCAGCAAGAGAAGAAGGCCAGUGAGAAGGCCAACCAGACCGCUGUGUCCGAAUAUUUAGGAGGACAACUCCCAAUAAACAAGGAGGUCCGAAAAUAUGAGCAGCAGAUUGAGGAGCGCAAAGAACGCGAGUGCCAGGCUGCACAUUCUUAUAAUGCCUUGAUUGCGGAAAAAAAGGCUCAAGAGAACAGAUGCACUCCCCAUGUCCCGCCUCCUCAGGUCCAAAAUGAUGAGUGUGCUGACAAAAGAAGCACUAAAAAAGCAACAUAUAAGAUGUAUUUAGAGAGUGUGGAUUUGAAACGCAUACGAAAGCAGAGAGAGCAGCAGCAGAGCGCAGAGACUGAGAGGCAGUGGCGACGCGAGCAGGCCGAGGUCGACGCGCGUCAAGAGGGGUACCUCAAGCAGACGCAAGAAAGAUUCAAACAGCAGCAAGUGCAUCGAGAGGAGGCCACUCUUAGACUGGCUCAAUUAAAGAAAGAGGAGGCCAAGGCUCGCCAAGAUGAGGAGGAGCGAAAACUCCAGGUCUGGCUGUUUGAGCGCAACUUGGAUGACAAGCCGCAGAAAGAGACUGCGAAACAAAUCACAGAGUUCUUGAGCACUCAGGUGGAACACAAACUGCAGGAGAAGAGAGCAGAACAGCUUCGUCAGAUCAACCUCUUGCGGAAGGAGAGAGAGGUGCGAGAACAGGACGAGCUAGAGUCACAGCGCAAACAGGCGCAAAGACGGCAGAAGGCGGAAAACCUGGUGCACUUUAACAGCUCUUUGGUUUCACAGAAAGUAAUUCUGAAGGCACGCCACAAAAAACAGGAGCUAGAGGAGAAGGAGAGACAGGCUCAGAUGAACAUGGACAAAAAACAGCAACAUCUGGAUUAUGUAGAACAGGCCAUCCAAACGGCAGUGGCUGAGGAUCGCAUCAUUCUUCCUCUGCUGGCCCAAAGGCAGCGGUUCGAGGAAGACGAUUGCCUUCACUAUUGUCUAAACCACAAUGUCUAUGCGAUGAAGCACAAGCGGAUGUGUGGGGCCCUCAAGAACAUAGAGAUGGGGCACCUAGGUUCUAGAGUUCAAGAACAGGAGAAAAGAGAGCUGAUGCAUGAGGCAGCCCGACCAGUCAAAGAGGCACAGACUCCACCAGAAAAGGCCCCCAAAGAAAUCCCAGGCUGCAUUCCUGAGCAUCGCCAAAACACACCUCCAAACCUAAAUGUGUUGAGCAGGUGA